CGUUACGGAAAAAAAAGGGUCUCCGGAGCACUUGAGCUCGCAGUCGCCCUCGCUCUCUCCCCAAUUCUCCACACCCAACCCUAAACCCUAGAAAUGCCAUCGAAUCCCAAAUCCUUGAUGAAAUCCAGGGCAUUCGAAAGCAAUGUCGAAGCGCUAAACCUAACCCUAUCGAUGCCUGACGCCCUUGAUGACGAUUUCCAGAACCCCAGUGAGAUGAUCUCCGUCGCCCAGAAUCUCAUUCUCUCCUCGCUCAGAAACCCUAGCUCGCAACCACUCAAGCCGUCCAAUGGCGUCCAUCCUCGGAAGAGGGCGAAGACGGCAGCUGCCUCCGGGAAGGAGAAUCGGAGAAUCCCAAUGUCCUUGGGUUUUGGUUUCAUAGUUUCGAGCGCAUCCGAUGGGAACGAGGCGAGGAGAGCGGAAAGGAGGGGUUCUUCGUCACCGACGGAAUCCAUGUUGGUGAAAGGUUCUCCUGCGGCUAUAUCUGAUGCUCGUGUUUCCUCUGCAUGUGAUGGGAUGAAGGUGAUUGGUUCGGAGUCUAGUGUUUCUGUUGGUUGUGAUGAGAGGAUUGAGAUUACGGAGGAAAAAUCGCGUUGUUUGACAUCAGUUGAAUCGAAGGUGGUGCAAAAUGGGGAAAAACAAGAGACUGAAUUAAUGUUGUAUAAGGGAAGUCAUUACUCGAUGUCCAUUGAAUCGAGGUUGUUGGAGUCUAGAGCUAAGUCUCCUUUUUGUAGAGGAGAAGGUGAAGAAAAAGGUGGCUCCUUCGAAGGUAAUGAUUGUGAGGAUUUUGAGCCGGGCACGCAGCUUAAUGAGCUGAUGAAUCUGUGUUGUGAAAUGGGUGAGGAAGGCAAUUCAAAUGAUGGGGUCACUUUGUCAGAAGAGAAUGAUUUUGGUGUCAGGACGCCUAAGUUGCAAUGGAAUGGUAUCAUGGAGUGUCCUUUAUGUGGUUCCGAUAUUACAGAUAUGAGCGAAGAGAUGCGACAGGCUCACACAAACAAGUGCCUAGACAAAGAUGAAAAUUUGGAGGUACCUGUUUCUAUUCAUGAAAUAAAUUCAAAUUUACCUCAAAAAGCUGUCGAUGUCAACCCUGUUCUUGAAUGGCUACGGAAUUUGGGCCUAUCCAGAUAUGAAGAAUUUUUUAUGAGGCAAGAGGUCGAUUGGGAAACCCUGCAAUGGCUAACAGAAGAGGAUCUUCUCGGUAUUGGUAUAGUUGCACUUGGACCAAGAAAGAAAAUAGUCCACGCACUCAGUGAGCUUCGGAAAAGGACCAAUCAUGCCCAUGUCAUAGAGAAAGAUAUUUCCGGUGCAGCAGCCAAUAAGAACUCAAGACUAUCAAUACCUGGAAAUAAGUUGAUAACAGAAUACUUUCAAGGUCCUGUUGUUGAUAGAAACAGGGUGUGCAGCCUCAAAAAAACACUUAAUGGGAAAGGUAAUAAGGAUUCAGCUUCUAAAUCUGUCCACACCAGAAGUUGCAUGAGUAAAGGAAAAGCAAGAGAUAUACCUCCUUGGUGUUGUAUACCAGGAACACCAUUUCGAGUGGAUGCAUUUCGUUAUUUAAGAGGAGAUUGUUCCCAUUGGUUUCUAACGCACUUCCACAUUGACCAUUAUGGGGGGCUCACAAGAAACUUCUGCCAUGGGAAGAUUUAUUGCUCCUCCAUCACGGCACACCUUGUAAAUAUGAAGAUAGGUGUCCCAUGGGAUAGGCUGCAUAUCUUACCCCUCAACCAGAAGAUUACAGUUGCAAGUGUCAAUUUGACAUGCUUUGAUGCAAACCACUGCCCUGGGUCUAUAAUUAUUCUUUUCGAACCGCCUAAUGGCAAGGCCGUUUUACACACCGGGGACUUCAGGUUUUCUGCAGAGAUGGCUAGCAAUUCUGUGUUGCAGUCAUGUCAUGUCCACACAUUAAUCCUUGAUACGACCUACUGCAAUCCUCAAUAUGACUUUCCAAAACAAGAGGCUGUUACACAGUUUGUCAUCGAGGCCAUUCAAGCAGAAGCUUUUAACCCCAGAACUCUCUUCCUGAUUGGUAGCUAUACAAUUGGAAAAGAGAGGCUGUUCUUAGAGGUUGCUCGAUUGCUCAGAAAGAAAGUAUAUGUUGGGGCAGCAAAACUACGUUUGCUAAGGUGCUUGGGGUUCCCUGAGGAGGACAUGCAAUGGUUUACAGCUAAUGAGAUGGAGAGUCACAUUCAUGUUGUACCCAUGUGGACACUAGCAAGCUUCAAACGGAUGAAAUAUAUAUCCAACCAAUACUCUGACCGGUUUGACCUCAUAGUUGCAUUCUCUCCUUCUGGUUGGGCAUUUGGAAAAGGAAGGAAAAAGACUCCUGGGAGAAGGUGGCAGCAAGGUACCAUCAUCAGGUAUGAAGUCCCAUACAGUGAACAUUGCAGCUUCACAGAGCUGAGAGAGUUCGUGCAGUUUAUAUGUCCAGAGCACAUAAUUCCAAGCGUAAACAACAAUGGCCCCGAGUCUGUUGAUGCCAUGAUCGCUCUUCUCAUGUCUGAUUCAUAAAAGAUCUACCAGCUCUAUCCUCCCGAGCUCAAAAUCAAUUCAUGGAUUCAUCAUUCAGGCUAGAACAAAGAAGCUGGCGCUUGUGUGUAACAGCUGAAAUUGCCAUCCAGAAACAACACCAAGAUAUGCAUGAGGGUGAGAUAUGUUCUUCAGACCUUUCUUUUCAUUAUCUGUAUUUUCUUUAUAAUUCUGCAUGAAAAUGUUGUAUAGAUAUUCUCUAGAAUAUAUAUAUAUAUAUGUCAAUGAAAAGUUAAAUUUUGGUACAA